GAAGCGCGCAGCAGGGGCCUCAGAGGCGGCCUCUUCCCAUUUGGAGCGCGGGCCCUUCCUUCCUUCCUUCCUUCCUUCCUUCCUUCCUUCCUUCCUUCCUUCCUUGUUGUCCUGAGCGGGGGCUCCGUGACGUGACAGGGAGAAGGACGCGCCCGCUUCGGGAAGGACGAGGCGGGAGCCAGGCACAUCCCGGCAGGAAAUUCCAUCCAGGGGCCGCCCCGGGGACCCUCCGCACGGCUGUAGUGCUGGCCCAGGGGCGGGCGGAGAGGAAGGCUGCCCUCCCCUCCAUCGGCCACCAAUAGCCCCGCGGGGAAGGAGGAAAGCCCCCCCCCCCCGCCUCUCGUCCAAGCGGGAGGAAGGAAGAGCUCGUCCAGCGCCGGGGCUGAGCUGCUCCUGCCGCCACCGUCGGAAUAGAAGGAGGAGCCAGAGGGCGGGGCCAGAGAGAGAGAGAGAGAGAGAAAAGGAGAGAGAGAGAGAAAGGGAAGGAAGGCAGGAAGGGAAAGGGAGAGCAAGGCGCGCGCGGAGACAAAGGCAGCGGCAGCAGCAGCAGAGGCAUCAGCCCCGGCGCGGCGUGGCGAUGGAGGCGGCGGGAGGAAGCUGAGCUAAGCAGCCCACGCUGCCCGGACCCGCGUGGACCCGAGGCAUGGCUCUCCCGCCAGCCAGAGAUGGGGCUCCUGCGGGGGAGCCUUGAGCCCGGCGCUGGAAGAGACGGCAUUCAUCAUCUUGGCAGAAAUGGGACUCAUUGUUGGCUUAGAAAAUCAAUGGCCUAGAUCCAGCAUUGAAAGAGAAGGAGUUCCUGCCAGUCUUGCCAUUGGCCCUGCAAAGCCCUGAUCCCGCAAUGGGAAGAAGUUGGGCCGGGUGCUGGUGUUACUGGUCUUGCCAAACCAAGUAUCCGAGAACACAGGAGCUCGAAGAAGAGAGUCCAGGCCGUGCCCGCGAACUGCCCCAACCCUCUGCUUUCCUCCAUUGGGUUCCUUUAGGGGCAAGAACUCCCCCCUCCCUGUGAAAAGCCCAAGUCGGUCCCAGCAUCCAGCCGACCGUUCCCAUGGCAACGGCUGCAGAGCACAUGCUGGAGGCGGCGUGACUGGAAGGGGCUAAGCUGCUGCACGCACACCAAACCGGGACCCGAAAUUGCACUGCCCUUGACUGAGGUCAUGCAAGUGGUGGCCCCUGGAUGGUAAUGUGGCCUUAAGCCAGGACUUCGGCCAUAUUUUGGAAAAGGCAAGAGAGCAAGUUCAAGGGGAGCAGGGGGAGGCUUACAGUCCCAUCAACAUGGCUGGGCAGCAAGGGAUGCAGAGAGAAAGUCGUCUGCAGAAGUAAGCCCGUUUGUACAUCUUUGCGGAAGCAACUACAGAGAAAGAGAGCAAGUCUUCCUUCCAGUCCAACUCCCUGCCCAACUGCACUGAAGAAGACCUUUCGGGUUCAAACCCCCUGCCCCCUUCAGGAGCCAAGAUGGUGAUGUCCCACGGCACCUACACCUUCCUCACCUGCUUUGCCGGCUUCUGGCUUAUCUGGGGGCUCAUUGUGCUGCUGUGUUGCUUCUGCAGCUACUUGCGGCGGCGCAUGAAACGACGGCAGGAGGAGCGGCUGCGGGAGCAGCACCUGCGCACUCUGGAGAUGGAGCCCCUGCACUACGAGGGGUAUGGGGGCCCUGCCUAUGGGGGCCCUGGCUAUGGCGGUGGCUACAUCAGAAACCCACCAGGCAUCCCCGUGCCCCACCGACUCCGCAUUGAGCCUCAUCGCCCUCACAUCCCACCCCCACGCCCAUGGAGCUGCAGGCAUGGUGUGAUAUCUUCACUUGUCGAUCCGGAUCCAUCCAAGCCCCCCUGUUAUGAGGAAGCUGUCCUGAUGGCUGAGCCCCCGCCACCAUACAGCGAAGUCCUGACAGACACACGGGGCUUGUACCGCAAGAUUAACGCCCCCUUCCUGAGCCAUGAUCAGCCAGAGAAGCAGGAGCAGCCACCCAGCUAUAAGCCCCUUUUCCUGGACCGGGGAUACGGCUCAGCCCUCCAGCUGCCAAGCUCAACCAGCCGGGGCCCUACUUGCACCAACCUCUACUUGGAAUCAGACCAUUCGCAGCGCAUCUUCCCGAGCUGGACAGACUCUGAACUCAGCACCAGAGACAGCUAUGAGCCUGGGCCCUGGCAUCUGCCUGUCUCAAUGCCUUUGUUUGGCAGGACUACGGCAGUUUAGCAUGCCAUGCCACAAACUGGGGUGGGUGGGGGUGGGGACUGUGGGUUGCUGCCCGAACAUUGGGGUCUGGGCAGCUUGUUCCCUUGGCCCGUGGGCGCCACCAAGGCCCCUUAGUCCAAGCCUUCCAGCCAUGUCUGGGCCACAGGCCUUUACAAGGCAAAGAAUCCCCGUUGAUGCUAUUUUGACCUCUCAGCCAGGGCAAGAGUGGGGCUGGUCUCCCCAUCUCACCCUCUUCCCUUUUUCUGGGCCCACUACAGGCUCUGUUGGUGCUGACUGCAAGGGGGGGCCUCUGGCUUGGCCUAAACUUUGUUUCCUAUUUUUUGUUUGUUACAUUUUGACAAUAAUAAAGUUUGUGGAACCUGAUUUAUUACAAA